AUGUCCACCACUGAUAUGCCCAGCCGAUCGACUUACUGUUCACAACCCAUCAAUGGUGCCACGCCAACGACCAUAGCAAAUCCGGUCGACAAAGUGUUCCAAGAUAACUUCCUCAAUGACGUGUUCUGGGCCCUGUCAUCACAAGGACCUGCGUUUGCCAUCGACGAGGCCAACGUCCACUUUGUUGAGGGUCCAGUUGACUUUUUCGAUCAACUUAUCAGUGGAAUUAGGCGUGCCAAGCAUCGCAUCAAUAUGGCAUCACUCUAUCUGGGCACUGGAAAGCACGAACAGCAACUGGUCGACGAGAUGAUAGCCGCUUGCAAGCGCAACUCUACUCUAAAGGUGCACAUUCUCGUUGAUGGACUUCGAGGCACCCGCUUGGGACCAAGCACUGAGAAACCAGGAAUACGUGUCAGCUCAGCCACCAUGCUCCAGCCCUUGCUCAAUCAGUUCCAAUCUCGCGUUUCAAUCAGCAUGUAUCACACACCAGACUUGAAUGGUGUCCUCAAACGCAUCCUGCCACCACGUGUAAAUGAGGUCAUUGGUGUCCAACAUCUCAAAGCCUAUGUGUUUGACGAUGACCUUAUCAUUGGAGGAGCAAACUUAUCAAAGGACUAUUUUACAGAUCGACAGGAUAGGAUGGUAUGCAUAUACCGCACCGCCUCCCUAUCUACUUUCUUUGACAACGUUGUCAACACUAUUGGCGAGCUCUCACUCAAGCAAGACACAAAUGGAAACAGUGUCAAUCAAGGUACCAUCGAUCCGGUCACCGAAUCAUCUCAAUUCAAGUUGAUGGCAGAGAAACGUCUGGCCUCUCUAUUAGAGCCAAACUCCUUUUAUACUGCCGACAACUUUAAACAUUCUUUGUCUUCACCACUGGAUGUCCAGUCAUCUACUUCCAAAGCCACCUGGAUCUUCCCAACCAUCCAGAUGGGACCUUUCAACAUUCGCCAUGACGAGGUUUGCUCAUCCUAUAUAUUUGCAAACAUACCAUCCACUUCCAAGUUCUUUGUCGCUUCACCCUACUUCAAUCUCACCAAGAACUACCUUCAACUGAUACUCUCUGGCAAGCCACAGAUCGACAUUAUUACAUGCUCUCCAGAGACCAAUGGAUUUGCCGGUGCCACUGGUAUGUCUGGCGUCGUGCCCGACCUCUAUGGAAUAAUCGAGCGACGCUUCCUACAAAAGACCAUCGACACUGGUAACAGCGGACGUAUCUCCAUCGUGGAGUACAUUCGCCACAAGUGGUCAUACCAUGCUAAGGGCAUGUGGAUCACUGCACCCGAUCAGAAGCUCCCAAACAUAACAUUGAUCGGUAGUCCCAACUUUGGUUCGAGGAGUGUCGAGAAGGAUCUAGAGGCUGAGCUCAUCUUUAUAACAGAGAAUGAGGCACUGCGCCAAAAGAUGAACAGUGAACGAAUGAACCUGUGGCGCGAGACACAAACAGUCGACAUGCCAAUGUUAAAUGCACGCAAAGUUACACUGUGGGUCAGAUUUAUCGUUUAUCUCUUUGGAAACUACUUGUAG